GUGACGUCACGGGCGGGAUGAGCGGGCCGGCGGAGGUUAAAGUGAAAGUACCUUUUGGGAACAAAUACCUUGAUGCUAUCUUUUCUGUCCCGGAGAAGAAACCAACAUAUGGAGUGAUCCUUACUCAUGGAGCUGGAGGAGACAUGAAUUUCCCUCACUUAGUGUCCUUGGCAGCCUACCUGGCAUCCCAUGGAGUUCUGUGCCUGAGGUUUACUUGUAAAGGCCUUAAUGUUGCCUACAGGGCUAAGGCUUUCAAAGCAGUAGUGGAAUACUUAAAACUUUCUGAUGAUUAUAAACUUUCUGGUGUUUUCCUUGCAGGCCGUUCCAUGGGCUCACGAGCUGCUGCCUCUGUGAUACGUCAGCUGAGCCAGGAUGAUGAUGAUGGCUUCAUUCAAGGGCUCGUGUGUUUAUCUUUCCCACUGCAUCGACCAAAGCUGCAGUCCAAGCUCCGGGAUGAGGAUUUAUUACUGAUCAGCUGUCCAGUGCUGUUUGUCUCAGGAUCAGCAGAUGAGAUGUGUGAAAAACAAUUGCUAGAAGGUGUGGCGAGCAAAAUGAAAGCCCCUAAAAAAAUCCAUUGGAUUGAUAAAGCAAACCAUGGGAUGGCAGUCAAAGGACGAACAACAAACGAUGUCAUGGAAGAAAUAAAUGCACAAGUUUUUUCUUGGCUUAGAGAGAAUGUUCAACUGCAGCACAAAUAAUUUGCAGUGUUCAAGUAGCAUCUUCAUUUAUUUUUUUCUGAAUGUGGCAAAUGAGAGGUUUGUUAUUUUUUAGAGGCAUGAUCUUUUCAGAAGUCUAAGUGCAAAUGCAAAUAAAGCUUUGUAUGAAUGCAAAGAAUACACAAAACAAUAAAGAACUACUUGACGGGCAGAAAUAUAUCAUGGCAGCAUUGUUCUCUGUGUUUCUAUGCAAAUAACCAAAUACAACACUUGGGAAUGCAGAGCAUUAAGUAAUGCUUUGGACUAAUAUUUGAAGUAAUAUUGGAAAAAAUCUACUUGGACAGCAUAUCUUUAGGGUUCUUCAAUUUCUGAGUAUAUUACUGAUGCUGUACUCACUUGCAGUCAAAACCUAUUGAUUUGUGGGGUUCUACCAGCACAUCCCCUGAGGCUGGCAAGCCUGUGGUACUACUUUGCCUUGGUCCUGUGUCCUGGCCUUCACAGGUGCUUCCAAACCAGUGAGACAGGGAGAGGAAUCUCUGGUUGUUUAGAGUGUCUGCCACCUUAGGGAGCGAGAUUGUGCCUGUGUGGAGGGGAGGAGGAGGAGGCAAUGCAGGCACAGCUGGGCAUAUGGAGCAAAAAAUGUAGUUCAGUUUUGAGAAGUCCCCUUCACCAAUGUCCUCUGUGUAAAGGACUGAUCACAGGGGCCCUCUGAUAAAUAAGAGACAAAUUGUGUUUAGUGAUGGAAGAAUUCCUGGAGCAGGAACUAGUUCUGCAUCCAUUGUGACACAUCACACAAGGCUUCCAUCCAGAGGGCUCCAAAGAGGCAGGCCAGGUUCUGCACCUCCUUACUUAUUAACAGGAGGAACUCAGGUCCCUGUCUGAGCUCUGACACUGCAGAGUGGAUGAAACACUUUGUGUGUACUGGCAGCUGCAGCCUUUCUCAUUAUGAGCUGUGAGUAACCUGUUGGUAAAACCAAGCUUACAGCAAUACUGAAAUUGUGGUUUUCCUUCAGGUUAACAAGCUUUAUUAUGAACCCCACAGCAUUGUCUUUGAGAUUCUCUCAGAAAGGGCAAAGCAAUGGUCUGAAAAAAGAUACCUUUGGAUGGGAUAGACAGACAGAGCAGGGGAUAAGAUGUGCAAUACUUAUCUGCCCUUUUUUUGCAGAACAGUUUCACAUUUUUGAAAAGACUAUGAACAAGCAUGAGUAAAAAGUAUCUGCAUGUCCCAGGUAACUCAGGACAGGAACACAUGACUGAUACAAACAUGGUUUUUAUUUAAAAAAGAAAUUAUAAAAAUGUGUUUGAAUAAGGCUCUGC